AUGCCUCAAGGCCCGCCACCACAAAAUAAACCAGAUUGCUCACAACCAUGGCAAUCUCGAGAGUUAACUUACGUCCCAGCGCUAGCCCAGUGUUCAUCCUAUGAGGAAGGAAAUGGAAUCCCUUGUACAGAGAAAAAUCCAUUCACUUGUACUGGGAGGAAUCCAUUCUGCGCCUCGAUUGGAAACAAAGAGUUCAAAUGUUGCAGUGAUAUCAUUCAGGACUCGUCAGAGCUCGAGAAUUUGAAAGCAGAAGAGAUAAAGCCGAUUUGUCCAAAUGGUGCAAUCCCUUACCGUAUCCCGCAUGCGAUGCUCUGUGAUCCGGCUAUUGUCAACAUUUGUCCACCAAAUUAUAAAUGUGUUGAAGCAGCGAAUGGACAUCUUUUACCGCAUGAUGGACGAUCUUUGUGCUGCAAGACGAGCACUUUGUACAGCUUUGCUUCAGUUUUCGCUGAAGCCCAACUGACUCCCCGUAUCGUGCCAGCACCUCCCGUAUCCUCCAUUGAAUAUGUGACAUUAAACGUUCAUACGUCGGCCACAAUGCAAGCACCGGAGAUCCGAACCGGCGACCAUUUCGUUCUCGCUCCGCACAAACUUUUGGAACCAGCUUACAUCAAAAAUGUCAAACUUUUCUCAGAGCUUCCAAUUGGAAGUUUUAUGCAUGUGAUCAUGUUUGAUCCAGUCAGCGUCACAGAAACACUUCAAUUCUAUUAUGAUCGGCCAUCGAAAGGAGGCAAAAUCUUGGACCUUGAAGAGCCUGUGGAUGAUGGGGGAUUCAUCUCGAAGAAAAUCUACAACGCUCAUCCGGUCACCAAUAUGGAUGAACAACAGAAAAGGCCAGCUAAUCAUUAUCGUAAAAUGUGGGUUGUUUUGAUGUUCCGAACGGUGAACCCGAUCACUCGACUCUAUGUAUCGGUGACGAUGGAUUUGCAUGGAAAAUAUCGAUCGGUUAGCGAAUUCCUCCGCUCUGACACUGGUCGUCUCUUGGGCACACCGGUGGCCGGUACUUAUUUCUAUAUCACGAACGUC